UAAUCAAUUCUAAUAGGAAAGGUAAUUAUUUUUUUGGGGAUAUGAGGUGAGAUGUUGUGUUCAUGGAGUAAAUGGGUUAUAAUGUAAAUGUAAUUGGUCUUUAUGAUACUCUGUGUUAGGGGAUUGUGGUGUUUGAUGUUAAUUGUCAGUUUAGGUGUUUUGGUAAUGUAUAUAUAUUGUUGGGUUGGUCUCUGUGGUUUUUGUGUUGUGUGAAUGUGAUGUUGAUGUUGGAGUUAGUUUUUGGGUUGUGUGAUUGUGUGAAUGUGAUGUUAGUGGCUAAUGUUUUGUUGGUUUAAUGCUGGAAUGUGGACAUGGUGUGGGUAGUGUUGCUUGUGGUGUGUGGGGUUAAUGUGUGGAUGAUGUGGUUGGUGUUGAUUGGUAGUGUUAUAUGGGUUGGUGGCACGUAUGUGCCGUUGUGUGCUGUGGGAAGCUGGCGACUUUGUUUGAAUACGUUGACUGUUGAAGUGCACAGUGUACGUCACACCAUUACAUAUGACACACACCAGAAACCCACAACAUUGGUUAAUUGAAUUACUGCAAUCCUGAAUAUAAAUUGCGAAUUUGAUAUGUAAAGGGCACUCCCUAAUAUAGUAAUAAAUCAAAAAAAUGUAUGGAAAAGAAUGUUGCAUACUGACACAUCGUAACAAGCUUGAACGGAGAAUGAUUGGUGACUAUCUGUUUUACUAUUGUAUGUUAAUGUUUAUGCCUAAAUUAGAAAAUGGUAUGUUAUGUAAUUGUAACUGACUACAUUGUGGUAUUCUUGGUUUUGUUGUUAUAAUGUACUUUACGGUUGCGGCAAAAUUGUUGGGAUACUUAUUUGCAAAAUGCACGAUACGAUAUUGAGUGAAUGUGUAUGUAUAACACGUGGGAAUAUGUCGGUUAGUGAUAACAAAAUGAGAUCGAAAAUCAAAAAACUGGGCAAUAAGUUAUGAUUAACAUUGUGUACGCAUAGGAUGCGUGGAUGAUGGUCAUAGGUGUAAUUUUUUUUGUGGUUUGCUUUUGUGGCACAUACGUGUCAUAGUGUGAUGGGUUAUGUCAGUGAGUAUGUUAUCGCGUAAUAGAGUUUUCGUAUGUGCUGAGUAAAUUGGCUACUGAAUUGCAUGGUGUAAUAAGAAGCAUUAAUGCUGUUAUGUUUUUUUAUGUACAGAUAGGUCCAGCAGUUAACUUGGAGGGCAUAAACGGAAUAGGAGUACACCACAUUCACGUUCCACACCACAGAGUUCCACUCGAUUGGCCACGAGAAGGCAAGGGAAGCUACCUUUCAAAAAGGCAAAGACAGCGACCAGAUCUAUCAGGAAACCUGUUGUUAACCCCUCAAAGUUGAUAUACCGCUCCAAUAUUGCCGGGGUGAUCAAAAUGGUGCUGGAGUUCAAUUUCGGUACAGGCCAUAUAAAGCAAUUGCAAAAAACACCGUUCUGACUAAUGGUUGAGGCAAUCCGAGUUCCUAAUUUGGAUCUGAAAGCAUACAAAAAAUGUGAUGCAACAGUCUGCUGAAUUAUCCAGACAUACAACCCGACGGAUGAGAAAUUCCACAUUGGGGGAAAAGGGUUACCACUGUGAAACAGUGACAUCCGCUUGUUGUUUGGAAUACAAUAUGGGAAGGAGAAUUUGGACGUGGCACAAAUUGGUAAAGCUCCGUCAGAUUUCAUUCAAUGGCUCUGCCCUAACACAAGUCACAUCUCAUCGAAAGUUAUAACUUAUGGUGGUGAUGCGUGGAAACACUGAACGUAACGAAGAGGAUGUCGCGAAACUAGUCUAUUUGUAUGUAUGUGCAAAAUUAUUUUUUGCUCAUACGGGUGAGUCGAUCUGUUGGGCGUAUGUGCGUGUAAUUGACAAAUUGGAUACGUUACACUUGUACGAUUGGAUUGGCAUGAUCAGGAGCACGUUGAUUAGUUCUUUGAAUGAGUUACACAACAGGCCAAAAAAUGUUACCGGGUGUGUCAUUGCUCUAUUGUUCCUUAUUUAUGAGCACACCAACAUUGUGGAACCUGAUCGGCACAAUGUGUUCCCAACGUUUUGUCGGUGGAACAUCGGCAAGCUUGUUGGGAAACUCAAAGGUGUGGACUUGUUGGUGGAUGGUUCCAUGGAGGUUAACUGUGGAAAAAUUUGUGGGACUAUAAUCGAACGGUAUUUUGUGGAAGUCACACCGAACGGCCAUGUGCCUAUCAAGCGUGAUGAGAAGGUGUUAGAUGUUGAUCCGGUGAAUGUAUGGGAUGGGCAGCGUGGUGUUAUGGACAGGGAAGAUAUGAAUGUGGUGGAGCUGAGUUUUAAUUGUUGGCAACCAGAUUCGCCAAAUGGCGGUGAGGUUGAAAUGUCAUUGGACAAUAACAAUGAAACAAUGCCCAAAGCGCAGCCAUAUAGUAACGUCAAAGAUUGUGGGAAGAUGUUAUCAUCGGGGGAGUCAUGGCCUGUGUUGUUCCUCGAUCUCCUAGACCUAUCAAGCACACAACAUGGCAUAACCGGUGGUAACAACCCAGAAGAUACAACAGAGUAACUAGAUAAGGCUAUGAAAAAAAUUAAUGAGUUGGAGGGUGAGGUUCAGGUGAAGACUGCACGUGUCCGUGAACUGGAUAAUAAGGUUGAAUCCAUGGAACGUUUGAUUGGUUCCUAAACAAGCAACACGUUUAUCGACUUUGAAAAUGUGAUUGGGCCGAAGGAUGCUGAAAUAGCUCGUCUAAACACGCUAGUUGCACAGCUGAAAAACAAAAUAACAACAUUGGAGGACGAGGUUGAUGACCAUGAAGUUCACAUAGUGACCCAACUAGUUAUGGGUGGAAGCAUGAGCCGAAGGACGGCAUCGGAUAAUUGGUUGGGGAGAAAUAAUGGGUCAGGAAAUGACACAAGUAGCGAAAGUGUGCAACAUUCUCUUUCGGGCGGGGACAAAAGCAUCCCAACUGUUCAAAAUAAGACAGAUUCUGUUGAUGAUAUGGGUUGGGUUAGAGAUGCUAGUGCGAGAUGUGUUGGCGUUUGCAUCAGUGAUCGAGAUACGAUGGUAAACAACAUUGUGGUAUCUCAUGGUCCUGUCAUGUUAGAUGACAAUUGUGGGGUACGAACUGGGAAAAGAAGAAUUUGCAGCCCCAGACAGGAUUAACGUCAUUGAAUAGACGCGUGAAGAACAAAACACGCCGCGAAUUCCGAUUAGCCAAUUACGAGUAUCCUGUGGUGGGUGGACGUAAGAAACAAAAUUACAAAAUGACGACCGGGAAAGAAAUAGAGCCCAAAGUAUUCUACGCCGUAGACGAUGUUGGGUUUGAAAGUAAGACAUGGCACGGAUUUGGAAUAAACAAGAAACAUGCUAUGCGGAACAUGUUAGAAAACGACGAGAUGAAGGUUUUGGAGAAAGUGUACAGUUUAGAUGGGGACGAGUAAUUGUUAUUGUUGUUAUUGCAUGUAACUGUCAACUGUUUGUUUGCCCAGUUGGUGUAACAUUUACGGUUUACAUUUUGUUAACACAUUGCACAAUUGAUUGUAGGUCAGUAAUCUGGGAUGGUGGUGACAUAGGUGUGCAAGUUAUAUUCACGGAUGUUUGUGAUUUGGUGCAGCAGUCGUCAA